GGGGCCGCCCGUGUACCCUGGUCCCAGCCGAGCGCAGGGGAGCGCGGAAGGCAGCUGGGAUUCGUCUGGAGCUACUACCAGCUGGCCUCGAUCGCCUCUCGGCCUCCCUCUGCUACCACCUACCCCCGACACCCCGAGAACAGCGUGCAAAAGCGCCGAGAGGGACGGAAACCGCAAAUAAAUAGCGGCGGCAGCAGCGCGUCAUCUGGCGGAGCAGGAAGUGCAGGCAGUCCGGAGGCUGGUGCUUUCUCCGCGUCCCCAGGACUUUGCCAUGGGCUGGGGGCCGCGGAGGCUGAGAGCGGCCGGGCGAGGGCAGCUGCGGCGGCGCCCGCACUGGGGUUGAGCGAGCAGCGACGCGCGGGACACGCAGAGAUGGCAGCGUCCAGCAACUCCAGCCUGUCCGGCUCCUCGGUCUCCUCCGAUGCUGAAGAAUACCAGCCUCCAAUAUGGAAAUCGUACUUGUAUCAGUUACAGCAAGAGGCACCUCGUCCCAAGAGGAUCAUUUGUCCUCGGGAGGUGGAAAACAGACCAAAAUAUUAUGGAAGAGAGUUCCAUGGAAUCAUCUCUCGGGAGAAGGCUGACGAGCUUCUAGGAGGUGUGGAGGGUGCCUACAUUCUUAGAGAAAGCCAGCGGCAGCCGGGAUGCUACACCUUAGCUCUAAGGUUCGGGAACCAGACAUUAAACUACAGGCUCUUCUAUGAUGGGAAACACUUUGUGGGAGAGAAGAGGUUUGAAUCCAUUCAUGACCUGGUAACAGAUGGGUUGAUAACACUGUACAUAGAAACAAAGGCUUCUGAAUACAUUUCAAAAAUGACAACGAACCCCAUUUAUGAGCACAUCGGAUAUGCCACUUUACUCAGAGAAAAAGUAUCCAGAAGGCUGAGCCGGUCUAAAAACGAAUCAAGGAAAACAAGUGUCGCAAAUGACGAACACACGGCGGUGGAAAAGAUCUCCUCCCUGGUUCGAAGAGCCGCCCUCACGCACAACGACAACCACUUCAACUAUGAAAAGACACACAACUUCAAGGUCCACACAUUCCGAGGCCCGCACUGGUGUGAAUACUGUGCCAAUUUCAUGUGGGGACUCAUCGCCCAAGGAGUCCAAUGCUCAGACUGUGGAUUGAACGUACACAAGCAGUGUUCCAAGCAUGUUCCCAACGACUGCCAACCAAAUCUGAAAAGGAUCAAGAAAGUGUAUUGUUGUGACCUCACAACACUCGUGAAGGCUCACAACACUCAGAGGCCCAUGGUGGUAGACAUAUGCAUUCGGGAAAUUGAAGCAAGAGGAUUAAAGUCAGAAGGCCUUUACAGAGUCUCUGGAUUCACUGAACACAUUGAAGAUGUCAAAAUGGCAUUUGACAGAGAUGGUGAAAAGGCAGAUAUAUCUGCCAACAUCUAUCCAGACAUAAACAUCAUCACUGGAGCCCUUAAACUGUAUUUUAGAGACUUACCCAUUCCUGUCAUCACAUAUGAUACCUAUUCCAAAUUCAUAGAAGCAGCAAAAGUCCCCAACGCAGAUGAGAGGUUGGAAGCGGUCCAUGAAGUGCUGAUGCUGCUGCCUCCUGCCCACUAUGAGACUCUGCGAUACCUAAUGAUCCACCUCAAGAAGGUGACUAUGAAUGAAAAGGACAAUCUCAUGAAUGCAGAAAACCUGGGCAUCGUGUUUGGGCCCACCCUGAUGAGGCCCCCGGAGGACAGCACCCUGACCACCCUCCAUGACAUGCGGUACCAGAGGCUGAUCGUGCAGAUUUUAGUAGAGAACGAAGAUGUUUUGUUUUAAUCCAUCAGGGAGACGAGCAGAAUGGCCCCAGCCCCAUCACAGUCGGUAAGGCUGAAGGAAUAAAAACAUCCCUUACACUUGAUUUGUUUUUUCAAACAAGUGACAGAAUUUCUUGGACCGCAGUAGAUUGCCAAGUCGGGGACUAUGUCUUAUAGCUAUAUGCCUCCACCCCAUGAGAACAAGGGUGAGGGCAAGACAGACCCCUCCCCUCAGGUCUUCUGCCGUGCCUCGUAUGUGUGUCUGUUUUGCUGGAAGAGUGAUUAAUAAAUCUGUCUUUAACUUAUUAAAAAAAAAAAGUAAAUCUUUAAAGUUCGGUAUCAGUAAUAAAAGGGAACUUAAUUCAUAGAGGUACUUGAUACAGUUAUACAUUUUUCCACUUACAGAAAGAAGACAAUUCUAUGUUAAAUGUUAAAUAUGAAACCUAUAUUGUAAAAUGUAUUUUUAUUUUAGCUGCAAGAAUGUUAUUUUAUUUUAGCAAAUAGAUCUCAAUGCAGUGCAUUGGUUAUUACCCUGUGUAUCUUGUCCUGCGUUCUUGCUGUGAUGCCCUGAAAACAUUUACCACGAAUGCAGUAUUAUCUUGACAUACCUCUGUCGUUAGUGCUUUUAAAUGAAAUCUCACCUGCCACGGGCUUCCUGGCUUUUGAUAAGUUUUUGCUCUUAAGCCCUGGCAUUCUCCUGUUGGACGGUGUGUGUUUAUAGCAAUUGUAGGAUGCUCUGAAACGUCCACAUCUUUGCUCUCCAUAAAAAUUUUGUGAAUUCUCAAAAUAUGUUUCAGAAUUGGUCAUAGUCUUCCCUCUUCCCAUAUUAGAUGCGUGUGUCCUUGAACAUGCAGAAUGCGGUCAUUUUACAUACAAUGAUUUGGGGACACUGGGUGUAACUAGGCCAGGUAAAAAGUUCACAUUUUUCCUCUUUUCUUUUUGGGCAAGCUUUCUGAAUUUGUCUCUUAAUGGCAAGUCAUAAUUUUGCAACAUACCUGUAUUUACGAAGUGAAUCUGCAGAAUAAUUGUUUCAUUGAGAUUUUUUUUUUUAAUUUUUGUUUUAUAAACAAGCCUAUUUCUAAAAGCGAGAAUUAAUAAGUUUGGUUCUUACCAAAUAUUUGUUUCUCCUUGAUAAAAAGCAGCUCUGUGUGGGUAAUAAUUUAAUAUGAUUUUAUGACUUUAGGUCUAUUCUACUGAUUAUAUUUAUCUUAGCAUGAGCUUUUCACACCAAGAUUUCUAUAUUUUGUAACAUAGGUUAAAUAUUUAAGACAUCAAAACUGCCAGUCUAAAUUUUUUUUAAAUCCAACUGCAGUGUCUUUUCCUCUGAUUGUCUGAGAUGACCUGUGUAAAUUACUCACCUAGUCUUAUGUCGGAGUGACCAGAAGAGAGUUCCUGUGUGUGUUAAGUGGAGCUGCAAAGAGGAGUGGGAUUGUUGUCCUGGCAAGUCCCAGGGCUGUGGGGAUAGACUCCAUUGGUACCUGGGGGGGUCAAAAUGCUUCUGCUUGGUGCCUGCUGUCAUUGUUCCUCCCACCUGUACAGAUUUGUUUGUUGUAGCUUAUGUACUUCUUGAUACUGUCAGAAAAUUAUCUGGAAAUGGUUUUAUUUUGUGAAGUGAACAAUACUUUGUAAUUUAUGAUGGUGUAAAUGGAAGGAAAAGCAUUAAAUGUAUUAAAUUCUUCUGUCGAUCGUGUUGGAGUAUGUGCAUGAAAGUGGUGUUGCGGGGGUGGUGUGCAAAAGGAAAAUUUUCAAAACAUUGUUUCCAAGUAGAAUUUGAAAAUGGAAUUUCUGCCAUCACCAAAACAGGAUGAGAAAACAGAAGUAUCCUACAGUGCCCUGGCCACACUGUCCCACUUCCUCCAGCAGAUUCCCUCCUGGAAAGUCCAGGUUAAGAUUCUAAUCCUCCACCUUGAGCUUCUUUAAGACCUGGUGCUCUGAUGCCAUCUGCAGAGAUGUGGGGUUUGGAGCAAAUCAGCCUCGGCUGGCGGUCGGAGAAUGGAACAAGAGUCUGCGAACCAGAAAGCCCCAAUUUCAAAAGCCAACUCUGCCUACUGACAACUGCAUACGGUAUGCACCUUGGGGAUGAGUUUGCUCAUCUGAAAAAUGGGAUAAUAUUCCAAUUGUGACAUCGUAGGUCAAAUUAUUGUGCAAAGUAAUUAGUAAUAGUUAUUGUUGCCAGGAGUCGGAAUCAACUUGGCAGCAACAAGUUUGGUUUUGGUUUUGGUUUUUUCUCAUUAUUUUAAGGGCUUAGAAGGAAAAAGGAUAUAACCUGGGUUGGGAAUAGAAGCAGCAUGAAAAGAGAAGGAUUUGUCCCAGGUUACCUUUAAGUCCAAGUAAUAAGGAGGGAUAUGAUAACAGGCUUCUAUAGUGGGUAAUGAGGGCCACUUGUCUCCUUUUCCCAAAUGUGAUUAUAACACUUGAUCCCCUCUGCCUUGCUUCAGGCAGAAACCUGCUCACCCACCUAUCUCCCUCUCCAUCUGGCAGCCUGAUGUGGCUGCUGUUACCUGACUUGAAAUUCCUGCCAUUGCAAUAACUCUAGUAGUUAGGCUAUAAAGGAGGCAGUAUUGUUUCCAGAAAAAUAAAAAAAAAUUGCCAUCCAGCCAAUUCUGACUCAUGGUGACCCCCAUGUGUGUCAGAAUAGCACUGUGCUCCAUGGGGUCUUCAAUGGCUGAUUUUUCAGAAGUAGAUUGCCAGGCCCGUCUUCCGAGAAGCCCGCUGUUAAGUUGUCCACAAGGUGAGAUGGGCAGGGUGGGUGAGAGAAGACAGUGUGAAGAUGGGCAGAAAAGACUACCUUUCUUUCUUCCAUCAACAUAAAUGAGCUCUUCAUAUUAGCUGGCCUGGACAGCUUGGAAGGCAUUAGGGAGGAGCCCGGAUGGCCAGUGGGAAAUAAUUGUAUACAUUUAUGUAGGAGAGAGGGCCUGGGAGGGGGGCUGGCACAGAAUUUCAAGGAUAGCAGCCUGAAAGGGCAAAGGGAGGGAGGGAGAGACGAGACCAAGGGAGGAGAGCUGAGGAGACCUGCCCUGACUCCUCCUGAAAACCCAACCAGGUUAAUUUAUAAGUUUCCAAGAUCUAUCAAUCCCCAAACUUUAUAGUUGGUCUGUUGAUUUAACAAUGUAAUAGUCAUUAAUUUUCCAUCAAGUACUUAUCAAGUACUUACUAAUGGGCCAGAUGCUGAAUAUUUGAAGGCAAGGAGGCAACUUAUCUCUCUGGAAAAUUCAAUAGUAAGUUUAUUGUGGCUGGAGGGAGGAAGCUGGUCAUGUUAAAGUUUUUGGACUCUAACAUAGGAGAAUGGGAGCUACUGAUGGAUUUUUUUUUAAUAAACUUUUUAUUUUGGAAUAAUUUUAUAUUAACAGAAAUGUUGCAGAGAUACAACAGAGAGUCCCUGUGUACCCCUCACCCAGUUUACCCUAAUAUUGACUUCUUACCUAGCCACAGUACAUUCGUCAAGAAAGCAACCUUGCUGCAUUGCUAUUAACUAAACCCCAGACUUACUCAGAUUCCACUGGUUUUUCCACAGAUGUAUUUUUUUCUUUUUUGGUGCAGGAUCCCAUCCGGGACACCACAUUGCAUUUAGCACUAAUGGAUUUUGAGGGGCAGAUGACACAAUCAGAUUUCCAUUUCUUAAAGAUUGCUUACCUGACUGUGGGUCCAUCAGGGAACAUAUUGGGGAGGGGGGAUAGUGAGAGUAAAUGCAGGGAGUUAGUUAGGUGUUUAAUGCUGUGAUAUAGAACUGAGAUGAUGGCAGCCUUGGUUGGGUAGUAGAAACAAAGAAGAAAAUAGAACUGAGUUAUAUUUAGGAGGUAGAAUUGGAAAAGUUUGGUUAUGAAUUGGAUUAAGGAAUCAAGAAUGACACCCAGGUUGCUUAAUUUGCCAAAUGGGUAAUAUUUACUGAAAUGAAGAUCAUGGAAAGAAGAGCCAGGGGUGGAAGAGAUAGGGAAGAUGAUGAAUUUCAUUUUAGAUGUGAUGAAAUGGAGGUACCAUGAAAAUUCCAAACAGCAGGGUUUCAGGAACAAUUGGAAUAGUAGACCUGGGAUAGAGAUACGGAUUUGGGAGUGACCCACUGGAGACAACCAUGGGAUUGAAUAAGAGUACCCAAGGACAGAGAACAAAGAAAUACAGAAGAGGCCAGAUUCAGAGUUCUCCACAGCACCAACAUUUAGGAGAGAGUCACAGAAAGAGGAGCAUGUAUAUGAGGUCUAUUUUAAUAUAAUCCAUUGUAUAAGGUAUGAGUGCAGUCAGGAAGACUCUUCCCUCCUUCUUCAGGUUUGUUUUUUAACAUCCUAAAACACUGAUUUGUUCUACUUAGAUUUAUUGUUCUAUGUGCAAGGAGGAAUUUGCUUAGAUGUUUUGUGAUGCAAAUGAGUCAGUGCCAUCAUUUUUUCUAAGCUGAAUUGAGAAGAUUUUAUCAUACUCAAGGACCUCUUCACUGUUUUCCUACUGCAAUUUGUACAUAUGUCUAAUACAGAACUAUCACAAAGUACUACAAUUAUUUAUACGUCUGCCUCCCACUAAAGUACAAACUCCUUGAGAUCAAGAACCAUGGAUUCUUUUCAUCAUGCAAAGCUCAACUCAACUUCUACCUCCCUUCUGAGACAUUCCCUGGCUUCCCCAGGCCUAGAACAUAGUAGGUGCAAGCCAUAAAGGUAUGAAAGCCUGGCAGGUUCAGGAGACUGUAAAUAGCUGGGUAUAACCAGACCAUGAAAUGUGAGGGGAGAGGAUGGGGAAGGAGAUCAAACAAGAAGUCCUGGGUGAGAGAAUAAGGAAGUUGGUAUGCCAAGCAAAAGUAUAAACUUAGAAUAUCCCAACUUAGAAAGGUCUCUCUGGUGGCAUGUGAAGAAUGGACCAGAGAAUGUAAAACUAGAGGCAAGGAGGUGAAUCAGGAAGCUCUUAUAGGCAAUGAGAGCCUGCAUUUGGUCCAGGACAGGCAGGUAGAGAAGAGGCAUGGAUAGGAGAACUAUGUAGGAGGUUAUUGCUUAUUUGAUGCCAGGAUUGAAGGAAGGAAAGAGUCAAGGGCGACACUUAUUGUCUUAGUCACCUAGUGCUGCUAUAACAGAAAUACCACAAGUGGAUGGCUUUAACAGAAAUUUAUUCUCUCACAGUCUAGUAGGCUACAAGUCCAAAUUCAGGGACAUCAGCUCCAGGGGAAGGCUUUCUCUCUCUGUCAGCUAUGGAGAAAGGUCCUUGUCAUCAAUCUUCUCCUGGUCGAGGAGCUUCUCAGCACAGGGACCCCAGGUCCAAAGGAUGUGCUAUUCUCCUGGCUUUUGUUUCUUGGUGGUAUGCGGUCCCCAUGUCUCUCUAUUCACUUUUCUCUUUUAUAUCUCAAAAGAGAUUCCCUUAAGACACAGUCUAAUCUUGUAAUGUGUCCUGCCUCAUUAACAUAACUGCCACUAAUUGCAUCUCAUUAACAUCAUAGAGAUAGGAUUUACAACACAUAGGAAAAUAACAUCAGAUGACAAUAUGGUGGACAAUCACACAAGUCUUGGAAUCAUGGCCUUGUCAAAUUGACACAUAUUUUCGUGGCAUACAAUUCAAUCCAUGACACUCAUAU